AUGGAGACUGGUGCUGGUAUAGGUUUGUACCCUUUGCACCGCUGCAAAACCAUUUACCUAGUGAGACAUGCUCAAGGGAUUCACAAUGUCGAUGGGGACAAGAACUAUAAGGCUUACAUGUCUCAUGAGUAUUUUGAUGCAGAGUUGACCCAACUUGGGUGGCAACAGGUAGAUAGUUUGCGUAAGCAUGUUCAUUCCAGUGGGCUUCACAAGAAGAUCGAACUGGUCAUCUCGUCUCCACUGAUGAGAACAAUGCAAACUGCUGUUGGUGUUUUCGGUGGAGAGGGCUACACAGAUAUGAGUGACGUACUACCUCUAAUGGUAGCAAAUGCAGGAAAUAGCAACCGUGCAGCUAUAUCGAGUUUGAACUGCCCACCAAUUAUUACAGAGGAGUCCUGCAGAGAACAUUUGGGAGUGCAUCCAUGUGAUCAGAGGAGAAGUAUCAGCAACUAUCAGUUUCUUUUUCCGGCAGUUGACUUUUCACUGAUAGAAAGCGACGAAGACAAGUUAUGGAAGGCUGAUGUUAGAGAAACAAUCGAAGAACUUGCAGCUAGAGGGAAAAAGUUCCUGAACUGGCUAUGGACAAGGAAAGAAAAAGAGAUAGCGAUUGUAACACACAGUGGUUUCUUGUUUCACACAUUGAAUGCACUACAAAAUGAGUGGCAUCCAGAUGUUAGGAAGGAAAUCUGUAGCCACUUUGCGAAUUGCGAGCUACGAUCAAUGGUCAUCGUCGAUAGAAGUAUGUUGGGAUCGGACACUUCAGUGACUGAUUAUCCAGGAAAGAUUCCAAAGGGGAUUGAUCUUCCAAGUGAUGGUGUUGUAGAGGAUAACAUCAAAGGUGAAUGA